AUGCAACUCAAUUGGAGCUUUCAGGUCUUUCUAAUCGGCCUGGCAAACGGCGCUGCCUUGCAGCCACGAAUCGAUAAUGGCUUAGCCAAAACGCCACCCAUGGGGUGGAAUACGUACAACCAUUAUUCAUGCUCGCCCAACGAGACAAUCGUCAAAUCCAACGCGAAGGCCCUAGUUGACCUUGGUCUCGACAAGCUUGGGUAUCGCUACGUGACGAUAGACUGUGGCUGGACAAUUCCCGACCGUGUAAAUGGCUCCCUGACCUGGAACGCAACAAAUUUCCCUAGUGGAUUCCCCGCGAUCGGGCAAUACAUUCAUGAUCUAGGACUUCUAUUCGGAGUUUACGAAGAUGCAGGUAUUCGAUCUUGUCAGACGGACAUUGAACAGGCUGGGAGUUUAUUCCACGAGGCCCAAGAUGCGGCACUGUUUACAUCAUGGAAAAUUGACGCUUUGAAGUAUGACAAUUGUUUUUCUGAUGAAGCAACCGGCUACCCCAAUGUCAACUACGAGCCCAGUACAUCCCCGCAACCUCGCUUUGCCAACAUGACCAAGGCACUGGCCGCACAAAACCGGGCGGUCUUGUUCCAAAUCUGCGAAUGGGGGGUCGAUUUCCCUGCACUAUGGGCACCCGCUCUUGGUCAUACAUGGCGCAUCGGCAACGACAUCAUUCCUGCCUGGCGCGCUAUCUGGCGUACGCUCAACCAAGCGGUUCCUCAGACUUCCUUUGCAGGCCCUGGUCAGUGGCCGGAUCUCGAUAUGCUGGAAGUUGGUAAUGAUAUUCUCACGAUUCCCGAGGAACAAACUCAUUUCUCACUGUGGGCCAUCUUGAAAAGCCCACUCGUCAUUGGUGGGGCCUUGAAGGAUGGGUUGACCUCAAUCAACAAGGACUCUCUUGCCAUCCUAUCGAACAAGGAUGUGAUUGGGUUCAACCAGGACUCUCUCGGUAAGAGUGCUGAGUUGAAGCGACGUUGGUCCGAAGAGGGAUAUGAGGUCUGGAGCGGCCCUCUUUCUAAUGGGCGAACUGUGGCUGCAUUGAUCAACUGGGCAGAUGAGUCUAGAGAGCUGACCUUGAAUUUACCGGAUAUUGGUGUUCAAUUUGCUGGCCAGAUCAAGAAUAUCUGGGCAGGCAAGUCGGUGCGAAACGUGAAAACGGCAUAUACUUCUACUGUCCAGCCUCACGGAGUAAUGCUACUGGAACUUGAGGACACUAUCUCUGCGGGCUCAUACAGCGGCAAAGUUUUUGCAAAGACUAGCGGAAAUACUUAUACCUUUGAGUCGAUAUAUGCAAACACCACGAGCAGUGAUUAUACCAUCCUCGUUCAAUUCACCAGUGCCACGUCGAAGCAAUCAAACCUCAAAAUUACGAAUUCCUUGGAUGCAGCUACGCAAACUGUUUCAGUGCCAGCUUCUCAAAAAUCAGCAUCCUCAAAGCUCACUCUUACUGCUGGAGCGAGCAACAAGCUUGUCAUAGAAUCUGCUAAUACCAUCAAAUCGAUUGAAAUCCAGGCCCCGGUAGGAAUGUAUUAUCCUUGCACCGCAUUUUCGAUUUCCGGUUCUGCCGAGAUUGAAACUUGCGACUCAGGAUUUUGCAAGCCCACCGGCUCUAAGCUAUCAUACAUCAACAGCUCGAACAAAGCAUCUGCAAACAUUCAAGCCACGCUACCAGCAAGUUCUAAGAACGAAACAAUCCAAAAGUAUAUCGAGAUCGACUUCACAAAUAACGAUAUUGCGCUUUCGACAUCUUGGGGGCUGGGUUCCAACUCGCGCAACAUCACAAUUUCUGUCAACGGCGACGAGCCUGUGCGACUGGAAGUACCGUUAUCAGGAAGACAUAGUGAGCUCUUUGGUCCCGGAAAGGGAUGGUGGGACACGUCGACCUUAGGUCUUUUGGUUGGCGGGUGGAAGAGUGGCGACAACGUUGUGGUUGUCGGGAACGAAGCAGGCUCUGAUGCUUUUCAAAGCUAUGGGGCAGACUUCGUGGGGUUGAAGGUUUUUGACUAG